ACUACAAGCUGGACUGCAACCAGAGGAACCGGACCGAGAGGAUGAGCUCAGCCGGGGAGAGCUGCACACCUCCCCGCUCUGCGCGCUGAAACCCGGCCGUACUGAGAGUUCUGCCUAAAGACUGAGAACACAACCUGAGGAAACGUAUCGUCGGUUUACUAGUUGCAUUCUACAUGUGCAUGGAAUAACCAUACCUGAAUAAGGAAUCGGACACCAGGGAUUAUAACAAUUUGGGAUCAAGCGUCUCCAGGCGGAGCGGAGAGAGCGCACGGACAGCAGGACGCCCCCCUCACCUCCGCGGGUACAGACUGAGGAGCUCCGCCACUUUGGAGAAGAUCGACCCUGAGCUGUGGAGAAGAUGCGGCGGGAGACAGGGUCCUGUCUCCGGCUCCUGACCCUCACCCUGCUGUGGGUGUCAGUCCGCGGGUUCCCCACAACCUCCAGAGACAGAAACAGCUCAGCAUCCGCUCCUCAGGUGAAAGCAGAGCCUAAUGGCGGAGAUCUCCAGACUCUCCAGGAGCUCCAGCAGGAGAACCUGUUGCAGACCCUUCCCUCGGGUCCGUCCCUCCCCAGGUCCAGACACCGCUGGUCCCCGGGUGUCCUCCCCCUGCCUGAACCCAAGGAGGACUCUGAGACCUUCGUCCUGGACCUGAGGAACUUCCCAGAACUGGCCAACGCCGACAUGAGCUCCCAGAACCCCAACAUCCAGGUGACCAUCGAGGUGGUAGGGGACUCACAGACGGAGACAGAGGUGGAGAUGGACCUGGUGAAAGGGGGGCAGCAUAACGACUGGUCGGUGUCCUCCUCAGAAUGGGCCAACAGCCACAAGAAGCUGUUCUGGCCGCUGUUCUGGGAGUACCCGGAUCAGCUGGAGAACGGGCUGGAAAAAUCCACUCAGGAAGAACAAUCUGAGGAAUACACCUACGACCCAGAGGAGCCCGUGUUGAGUGGAGUGGGCGGAGAAUGGGGCGGUCACUGGAACACAGGCUGGGAUGCAAAGGAUAACUAUGAGUACGAGGAGUGGAGUGACUGGGCUCCCUGCAGCGUCACAUGUGGAAACGGCACCCAGAAACGCACCCGCUCCUGUGGCUACGCAUGUACGGCCACGGAGUCACGCACGUGUGACCUGGAGGACUGUGCCAACACUGCAAUUUCAGUGAGUGAUCCCACACCCAUCCAGAAGGACAACAGCACAGACUCCCUGGACACAAACGUGGACAGCUGUGAGAAGUGGCUCAGCUGUAAGAACGACUUCCUGGAGAUGUACCUGCACCAGAUGCUGACAGAGCUGCCCAGCUGCCCGUGCUCCUUCCCCUCAGAGGCCGUCUACAGCGCCGUCAACAUCCAGGACGGCCCACUCCGUAAGACCUAUCGCUGGAGGGACGCCAGCGGACCCAAAGAGCGCCUGGACAUCUACAAACCCUCCGCCAGAUUCUGCCUCCGCUCCAUGCUGUCGUACGAUAGCACCACGCUGGCCGCUCAGCACUGUUGCUACGACGAUCAAUUGAAACUGAUAACACGAGGGAAAGGAGCAGGAGCACCCAAUCUGAUCAGUACUGAGUUCUCACCAGAACUUCAUUAUAAGGUGGAUGUUCUACCCUGGAUCCUGUGCAAGGGAGACUGGAGUCUGUUUCACUCAGUGAGGCCGCCUAACAAUGGGCUGAGCUGUUUAGAGAACCCCACUGAACAGGUAUUCCAAACAGAGCUUAAAGAGGCCAGGGAGUACUGAGAGUAUUGGAGUUAGAACAAGAAUGGACGAUAACAUGGAAACUUGAUGGAAAUCCAUCGUCUCCAUCCUGCACAAGCACAGAGAAACUGAAAUACAGCAUUUCUGUGACGAUAAAUGAACUCUGCAGCCAGCUGAAGUUCUUAGCUGCAGCCCGACAAGAAGGGUCAAUAGCACAGAGACGUUAUUGGAUGAUGGUAAAACAUGUCUUUUCCAUUGUCUCCAUCCUGCAAAAGCUAAAAAAAGCUGAACUACAUGCUGAUUCAGCAUUUCUGUCAAGAUGCUAAUACAGCAUUUCUGUGACGAUACAUGAACUCUGCAAGCUGAAGGACUUUGGUGCAGAGGGUCGAUACCAAAGACACAUUAAUGGUAUUUGGCAAUUAAAAUCCAAUUUCCCCUAACCAUUGUCUCCAUCCUGAACAAGCACAGCAAGACAGAACUGCAUAAAUACAACGUUUCUUCGGCCAUGAAUGAACUCUGCCAACCUCAUGGCCUCUAGCAUCAACUGACACUUGGCUGGUAAACUUGGUUUACUUUGGUAAACGCAAAUGUUAUAAAGACAUUUCUAUAGGACACUUGUCAGCUCAUCCCUGGUCCUGUAUGUUGCUGAUACUGUACUUGACCUUGUACAGUAUCAGUGUGAGAGGAGGUACUUAUUUAUUGGCCCCUGAACUAUUUUAAUCAGAAAAUCAUUCCUGUUUAGCUGGUAUGCAGCCAAUAAAGUCAAAUGGAACUUUGGACUUUAAAUGCUCUACUUCUUCAUCUUUACAAAGUCUGACAAAAUUGUUGCCAGAGCAGGUCUGGCGUUUCUCUUCCUGUCAACAUCUGCCAUGUCUUAAUUUGCUACACAAUGCAUGCUCACACGACAAAAAAACAUAAGAAUAGGAAUUGCGAGUUAGGAGCAGCCCCAUCUGGAUCAUGUUGUAUAUGGUAGAGUUUCCUUAAAAGGUUGUAACAUGUCUACAGCAUUGAUGCAAAAUGUGAUAUCCCAAUGACAAAAGGGAUUCAAUUCACAUUCCGUUUUACAUUUUUUUCAAGGUCUGCCAUCCAUACUAACAUGUCAAAACAAUUGAAAUAUGUUGGCAUCUGUUCACCCAAUUGAAAUGUUGGUAGGCGGGAAGCCAGUGAGGGGCCAACCCCUUGUUUAUACUAUAACCAGACUCAACAAAAUGUGUUGUGGUUCAAUCCCCUUUGACUCAUAGGGCUGUUAUUUAUUAAAAAAUUAACCAAUAUAAUUGCUAGUUUACUAUUUAAGUUGUCCUUAAACCAUAGACCAGGCCUUUUCAACUCUUAAGCCUCUUACACACCAAACUGACACCAAAGAACAACAAAGAACACGUCCCGACGGAACGUCGCCUCACAUCUCCUGCGUCUUGGCCAUAUUUCGCACUGGAACACACCGCAAAGACUUCAGCCUACAUAAUUUUUCCGAAAUAAGGUCCCAUGGACCGGAAGUCGAUGGUCGUGACUUCGCCACUCUAUUGGCAGGGUGUCCUGAGCUGUCAGUCAUCAGCCAAUCCCAACAUGCAUAAUUGACGACAGCCCACCUUACAUGCGCUUGUAGAAGUAACGGCACAUUUAGCUGGCUAGCAAGCGUCCGGUGUUGAAUUUGGAUAACAGAUGGCUCAAUGUGGCCGUCAACCCUGAUGAGGAUGCCAAAAAUAGCAUCAGGACUGAGAGAUAUGUGAAUAUUGAAAUCACUGAGGGCAAGCCAGUGUGUUUGCUCUGCAAUAAGUGCAUCUCUGUUGUAAAGAAUUUAAACUGCUGAGUCAUUUAAAAAAAAAAAAAGCAUCCAAGUGUUUAAUAUAAUUUUCUGUAGGGAUGUUAAGCAAAACAAAUCCUAACUAACAGCAAACUACAAGUGACUAUUACAGUCAACAAUACUCUACCAGUCAGUAGACAACUAUAACAUCUCUGAGACUAUAAUAGAAUGCAUGUGUGUCACUGAUGAAGAGGUUUUGAAAAGUUGAAAGACCAGGUGAUGUCAUGUAUCAACUCGAUACAUGUGUCAGAUACAAGAAUUGCAAGAAAAAUGUACGCUGAUGUUACAUCACUGGCUGUGGAUGUUGGUUUCAGAUCCGUCUUUACUUCCUAAUUAAAAAUACUUGACAUGUGUGUGUUAAUGUUUGGAUCAAAUUAAAGCUGUGAAUCGAAAA